GUUACGUCUAAUUAUUCUUUUAAGUAAAUAAGCGCCCAAUUGGCCUAGCUACAAAUAAAAGAUUUCGCUUCCAGGCGUUAUAAAUAAUUCAUUAAUACUGUAUUCAAAUUAUAGUAAAACGUGUGAUGUCACAAUUUCUGACUUUUUUUGUCAUCAGCUCGUUUUUCUUAUAGGACUAAAUGGCUGAACUAAUAAGCAUUUCCCUUAUGUUCAUUGUGAUCCCAUAGGACUAGGCCCACUAGACAUAAAAUUGCUUUGAUUUCCCUAGAUUUUUCUGCUUUUUUACCUCAUAUACUGUACAUUAAUGGAUUAUAAAAUGUUUGCAUCCAUUUUAUUAAUAUAUCGGCAUCUUUGGUUAGGUUUUCUUAAAGAUAAGCUUCAAAUAAUUUAUCAUCUGAUGACUCUUGAUAACGAUAUUCCUUUUCUCUUCAUAUCUUCCAGAUAUAUUAAUUUUUCAAUUCAGAAAUCUGUUUUAUCGGUACAAAAACUCGACUAAUCUGAUAGAAUUUUAUCAAAAAAACCAUCAAAUUUCAUUAUCUGUUACUUGUAAUUCUGUAUAAAAACUAAAAUUAUAUGUAAAUAGAUGUCUAAGUUAACAAUAGAAAAUUUUUAUGCUAUUAAAAAUAAAAAUAAUUAAGAUAUAAGUAAAGUAAUCACUUAAAAUGAAUGGUGUGUCUACCAGUGGCCAAGGGGUCUUUGUAACCUGAACACUGGGAGUUCGGUCGUGGGUUCGUGCCUCGCUCGGACGGGCUGGCCACGUUUCCGUGUUUUCUCCACGUCCGUAACGACUAAAUAGGGACCAGUUUCCCCUAAAAAAACCUCCCGGAAGUCAUCUCCCCCUAGGCAGAUCGCCCAAGUGUUGCGUUGCCAUAACAAAAACCAAACAAACUUAAAAUGAAUGCAAACAAGCGCCCAGGCGGCAUCGUUGGUUUACUUGAUAAAAUCAUAGAAAAAAACUAUUAAUUGGGCUGCAAUUUGAAAAAAAAUUGUAGAUAAAUUCCCAAUGUCAUCCGUCCACCUUUCUGUCUGUCUGUUUAUCUGUCCUUUUUAAAUCUCGAGAACGGUAUUAGAUAGAAGAAAGUCCAUGCCAGAUAGGGCAGGAGGCUCAAUUAAUUACAUACGAACUUCCGGUCUAAACUGGAAUUUACGUGAUUUCAAUUCAAAAAAACUUCCUCUUAAAGCAGUUAAUAGAUGACUGGCAUUACUCUACUGUUAAAGGAAAAGUAUGAUGUACAGGGGCAAGCCACAACAAAUUUGAGAUGGAGAGCAUAUAUGGGAGGUGCAAAAGUAGGUUACAGUUGUUAUUAUGGAAGAAAAAACAUACAGGAAGAAAAAACCUUUUUUUAUGUACAAAUUAAAUCACAAGUAAGGAAACUUCAUUUCGAUGUUUGUGGAAAGGCUACCGAAGGAGGCAAAAUGGCAAUAAAUUGGUAUGCAAGACAAUUAUCCAAUUUUCCAGUCGUAAUUAUUUUGGGAGCCGGCUGCCUGUCGUUCGUCUUCACUAUAACCUCCAUUCUAUCAUUCGGUUUUCCUUCGUUUAAAGAUCCGAUAUUGGGUUUCGAAUCACGUGGUACCGAAUUGUCUCAGAGAACCACAGCAUGGAAGCACCUGAUGGAAAAUUCCGGUUGGAACGGAUCUCUCAGCAUGUAUCCGACCAGAAACGAAAAUCAGAUUACAUCCAGGAGGGAUGACAGUAGAUCGUACUUGCCUCCUUUAUCCGCUAAUGCAACCACCAUUAUUCUAGAGAAUGAGAAGGAAAGCCUCAACGAAUUCAUAAAUGGUAGAAUGAAGAACAACCAAGCUAACGACAGAUCCAAUUUUUUCUGUAAAGAUCCAGGAAGAGGGAACGUUCGUGUCGUUUUUCAGUCUUCUGUAGAAAACAGCAAUCUCUUUACUCUGAAAUCGUUGUUAUCUAUCUGCGAUCUUGAUUAUAAGAAGCUGAGGAACGAUGCACACUUCAUCGAUCUCUGCAGCCACGACGGAUCUCACGACUGCUGUCGAAGUUGGUCUCUUCCCAAUUAUGUGGCCCUCCUCACCAAUCAUUCCUACUGCAAAGACAUCACACGAGACGACGUCUCCUACGUUCUGAAAGUACUGAAAAAUUGUGCGGGCUUUUAUCACGAUUUAAAACUAAGCCACGACUGCACCAGUAAUCCUAACUUGUGCGGGGGUGUACCUCACGAAUGCACUCGACAUAAUGCGGUUUAUAACAUCCUACACUUCUUGGCCGAUUCCAAAUUUCUGAUUUCCAAACGCGGAGACGAAUCUUCUAUAUCUUCUGUUUUAACUUACACCACAGUCUUCCUACCCAUUCAUCAGGGGAUCGAAUCCCUCGAUUACUAUUACGAUCUUCAACAGAAAGAACUUACAGAUGGGGUGACGGAGGUUAUAGGGAUGGAAUUUGGAUUGAAGCACGUUUUACUAGAACACGGGCUCUACCACGACGCCAUUUUCGCAAUUAUAGCUGUACUCGUUGUGUUUUUGUGUAUUUGGAUGUUCACUACAUCAUUCCUGUUGACGUUAAUGACAGCUAUUGCCUUGACAUCCGCUCUAGGAACCACUUACUUCGUGUACACAGCGGUGUUUAGGAUACCGUAUUUUCCUCUGAUGAAUGUCCUGUCGGUUAUUAUUCUAAUCGUUAUAGUUACGACAGACGUAUUUGUUUAUAGCAAGACGUGGUUAUCGAUAAAGACGGAUAAGUCAAAUGGAAUAACGACAAAAAUUGUACGAGAUACUCUCCAGCAAUUCUGUCCGUCCAUGUUGAUUAACAAUAUUACAAUCGCUGCAGCUUUGUAUAGUAACAUGUGCAGCAGCGUUACUGUCGUCAGAUGUUUUAGUAUAUUUACAGGCACAGCGGUGAUCGUAAAUAUGCUUCUUACUUUAAUCUGGCUUCCAGCAUCACUCAUCAUUAUAGACAGAUGGUUCUCUAGCACGUGUUGCAUCUGCAUUCCUCCAUUUGGCAUCUAUCUUCCUUAUUUCCAAAAAUUUCAAUGGUGCUCUUACGGUUGCAAUAUCUUAUGGAAAUUUCACUACGGUUUCACGGAUUCUUCCAGGGUCUUUUUUGAGAAAAUACUUCCGUGUCUCAUCAUCAAACCCAGAUGGUUUUGGCUGAUAAUACUCACCUCGCUGGCUAUGGGGAGUGCAGUCGUUGUAUUCUUUCAACCGGCUCUGUUGCUACCGAUCAGCAAAGAGAUGCAAAUAUUUGGGUCCGAACACCCCUUCGAAAAAUACGAUUUACUUCUUAAGCAGUUGUUCUGGUACGAGAAAGAAUCCGAUCAUCAGACAUAUCACAAUUUACCGAUUAGGAUAGUGUGGGGCGUGUUACCCGUGGAUAAUGGACACUAUCUUAAUCCUCACGAUCGUGGAAAUCUUGUCGUGGAUCGCAGUUUCCUGAUAACUUCUAGAGAGUCUCAAGAAUGGCUACUGUCAUUUUGUAAGAAGUUGCACAAUCAAACGUUUUGCAAGCCGACUUCUCAAAUGCCAAAAUCUAGUUGCUUCAUUGAAAAUUUCAAAUAUUGGAUGGAGAGAAUGUGCGUGGACGGUGUGUCUCAUCAGAAUAGGACCCCGUGUUGUCAGACGUCAAAAUUUCCUUACUCGGCCGACGUUUUCAAUUUAUGCAUUGGUGAAAUUAUCGGCAUUCUGCAUUAUACCCCGAGUUACAUCUUCACGUCGGGUGUUGCCGGUCCCAGAUUUUCUAAAGAGACGGGUGACGUUGGAGCUAUUGUUAUAGAAUACGGGAGCACAGUGUCUUCUACGGGCACUUAUGAAGAAAUCAAAGAAUUCGUUACUUCCGUUGAUAAUUGGAUGAAAUCUGCUCUGAAAGAUGCACCCGCAGGAAUGAAGAACGGUUGGUUCGUUAGUGACAUGGACUUUUAUAAUCUUCAAUCUUACUUAUCAAGUGGUACUCUAGCCAUAAUUGGAGUUGCUGUGGGUGCAGUAUCACUUUCGUUACUCGUCACGACAAUGAAUCUGUUGAUUGCUUUUUGUUUAAUUGUUACAACCACUUCGGUUGUUUUAGUUACACUGGCUUCAUUUAUAAUCCUAGAGUGGAGGUUGCAAACGGUAGAAACCGUUUUAAUUACUGUAACAACUGGUCUAUCGGUGGAUUUAUCUAUCAGAUAUGGUACCUCUUAUCGAAAUUCUCCCCAAGACGAUAAAGAAGGAGCGUUGGUUUAUAGCCUUUCCAGAUUAAGCAGUCCAAUAGCAAUGGCAGCUGUAAGUUAUUUUCUAGCCGGAAUUAUAUUGUUACCGACAUCAAUUAUCGCAUUUUUACAGAUAGGUGUAUUUUUGAUAAAUAAAACAAUUAUAAGCUGGAUAUAUUCGACGUUCUAUCUUCAUUCUUUGUUAAGUGUACUGUCCCCGUGUAGAGAUUACUUCCAAAAUAAGCAGAUUCAACACGACAAAUCUCUCUACGCUCUAUCCGAAUCGACAGUUUCUACUUCGAGCAUAAGUUGCCCCUCGCAAGUUCAAGUGUCGUGCGAUCAUCACCAGUUAGAACCGUUAUCUGUUAACCGAAUAGGGACAAGGAGAAAUUACUCGAAGAAAGGAAGAUCUGGAAGCUUAUCACUCUUCAAGUGCGACGAUCCUUCUUGGUACGGACACCCCAAAAAACCUUCCAGGAAAGUGAGCCUUCCUGUGGUGCACGUUAGUAACCCGAUCGAUCCUAGCCCAAGACACGUUUCGGGUGCUACAAGCGCUACGACUUUGGUGGGUGUAGACGACGAUAGAGACUCAGUUUUAAACUGCCGAAAGGAACAAGAGAUGUGGUCACCUACGGAAAUACUAGUGUGAAUUCCAUCGUAAAAAAAGUAGCCUAAAAUGUACAUCUGUAGAUGAACGAAAUAUGUACAUCCGUAACCGGUUACGAGGUAAUUUUUUUUGUACAGUUAAAUACGCAGGAGCGUAAUCAACCUAUGUCGGGUAGAUAUGUAUAGUUUAUUCUUUAGACGUGUGUUUUCCACCUCAGAAAUGAUUGUUAAACUGACGAGAAAAUUUUAAUUUAGAGAGAUUUCACAUUAUAAAAAGUUGAUUAGUAUAACUGAAAUAUGUACCAUGUGUUAAUUACAGUUUAAUAAAAAAUAAUAAUAAUAAUAAUAAGGAAGAAGUUUCAUUAGGUAGUGUUUUCGAUGUAGCCAAGGGGAGGAAGGAUUCUUUUAAUAUUAAAAAUAAAAUAAAAUAAAUUUCAUCUCGUUUAGGAAGUAAUAUAAAGAAUUCAGAUGAAGAUAUUACAGUACCAUUAUUGAAAGACCUUAUUUUAUUUUAUUUUAUUGAGUUACAGAUCAAUAAAGUUAAUAAGCAAGAGAAUGUAGAGAAACGUAAUCCCAUCUUGUUAAGGUUGCCCGAAUUGUCCGAAUGGAGAUUAGGAACACGAAAUUUAUUUUCCAAGAAUAAAGGACAGAUAAUCCCCCUAUUCUAAAAGAAACCUUACAUAAAUAUGAGAAUUUACAUGGAAGAAAAACAUUAUUCUGAUAUCAGCGAAUGAUGCUGAUGCAUCUAAGCAUCGCGAGUAACUAAAGAAAGAGGAAAAGGACACGGUUAAUCCCCGUUUAAAAAAUUGAUAUAUAAAAAAAAAAUAUCAGUUUAUAAUCCUUACAUUUAUGUGAAUAGAUGAAAUUUUUGAUUUUUUAAAAAA